CUGGGUUAUCUCCAGUUCGAUCAAAAUCAUUUUGAGGCAUUAGAUGAAAUAUAUUUUUACCGUCCAACAACAGAACCAAAAUAUAUUUAUUAUAUAGGUAAAUCAAAAAGUUAUGAUGAAUGGAAUGCGAAUGUUAAAAAAUAUAAGGAAAGAAACUUAUAUGAGGAUUAUGAAAAGAAAAUGUUUGAAAGAAAAUUAACAUAUGAGGAUGAAGAAGAUGAUUAUUCCGGUGAUGAUAGUUCUGAAAGUAAAGGAAAGGAAAAAGAAAUUAGUAUUACUGAGAUUGAUAAUAAUGUUGUUAAGAAAGGAAAAGAAAAAGAAAGUAUUACUAAGCUUGAUAAUAAAGUUGCUAAGGAAGAAGAAAUUAGUAUUAAUGAUCUUAACAAUAAGAUUAAUGAACUUAAUCGUAGAAAUGAUGAGAUUAAUAGUAAGAUUGAUAAAUUACUUAAUGUAAUAUUAAGUAAAGAAAAUACUGAGAUUGGGAAUCUCAAAAUUUAA